AUGCGAGCUCCGUCGGGUAAGGUGGGAUACUUUAGCAGCUCGGUAAAUGUCUUCGUGCAGAGAGGUUUAGUAUCCACACUAAAAUGUAUCCACACUAAAAAAGUAUCCACACUAAAAUGUAUCCACACUAAAAUGUAUCACACUAAAAAAGUAUCCACACUAAAAUGUAUCCACACUAAAAUGUAUCACACUAAAAAAGUAUCCACACUAAAAUUAUCCACACUAAAAAGUAUCACAAUAAAAAGUAUCCACACUAAAAAAGUAUCCACACUAAAAAAAGUAUCCACAAAGACCACUAAAAAAGUAUCCACACUAAAAUCAAUUGCCUCUGUAACUAAGAGAAUUAGUUUUAUGCAAAUGCCGGGCGUGUGCAGUUUCGAUGAGGCCAUUGGCAUCAGUAGUUUCGACUCCAAUAAAACCAUUCAUUUUGGAACUGGAAUGGGAAUUGGAAAGCCGCGAAAGAGAAUAUUCUGUGAAUAUAAAAGCAAAGACCCCCGCUAUAACGACGAGGUGGACAGGAUCACAGGCUACCGGACAGACACCCUCCUCUGCAUGCCCGUCAGGAACUACUACGGAGAAAUCAUCGCCGUCGCCCAGGUGGUCAACAAAUGCCCGGAUGAGAUGGACGGGAACUUUACGUACUUCACGUCCAAGGAUGAGAGGAUGUUCGAGACGUACCUGCAGUUCGUCGGGAUCGCCAUCACCAACGCCCAGCUGAUGGAGGUGUCGCAGAGCGAGUACGAGAGAAAUAGGAGUCUGCUGGAGGUCGUCCACGACUUAUUCGAGGAACAGACGUCGCUGGAAAACGUCAUCCUCAAGACCCUCCAGCGAGCACAGAGGCUCCUCAAGUGCGAGCGCGCCGCCGUGCUCCUCCUCGAAGACGGUUCUGAGGAGGACCAGGGCGGCCCGCGAGCCACCCCUGUCAAGCACAGGGUGGUGGUGCGGGGCCAGGCGCCGCCGCCGCCGCCGCAUUCGCAGAGGCGUUUCUCGCGGACCUCGCUUACUAGACACUCCUCCAGGGCCAAUAACAAGGCGCGGAGUUUGCCGUCGCGAGCCAUCGAGACCUCUUCUCCCCACGCCACACCUCCAACAACUCCACCUGUUCCUUCACCUUCACCUCAGGACACUGUGACACCCAACACGGCGGCUGCAGGAGCUUUGGUGACAGAAAGCUCUUGGAAUAUGGACACUAAAUUGGGUGGCCCAGAAUGUACAGAUAAUAUAGCUUUUAGAUUUAAAGGUAAUGGAAUAUCACAUAAACAGAACGUGAAAUUCUCAAAGAUCUUCGAACUGAACUCACCCGUUGCUGGCCAGCAGUCCAACAACGCCAAGGAAGUGGGAUCGAGUGAGCUGACGAAGCACCUCCUCCACCUGGCGGAACAAGUCGCGUCCUCGGGGGAGAACCUCAACAUCGCUGACAGCAUUGAGGUCGAGAAAGGCAGCGGCGGCAAUGUGAGAUCUAUGCUUGCGAUGCCCAUUCGGAACAGGAACUUCCAGAUCAUAGGUGUAGCGAAGAUCAUUAACAAGCUGAAUGGACAGCCCUUUGAUGACAACGACGAACAGCUCUUUGAGGCUUUCACCAUCUUCUGUGGACUGGGCAUUAAUAACACCCUCAUGUACAACGAACUGGAGAAAGCUAUGGCGAGGCAGAAAGUUGCUAUCGAGGUCCUGUCUUACCACGCCACCGCAUCAGCUGAGGAUGUGGAGUCACUACAGCGAGAGGUGGUGCCCGAGGCGUCGACGUGGAGCCUAGGAAGCCUUACCUUCGACGACUUCUCCCUCACGCAGGACCAGAUGUUGCUCGCCGCCAUGAGGAUGUUCAUGGACCUUCGCCUCGUCCACAGAUUCAAGAUCGAGUCCAAGACCCUUCUUCGAUGGCUGAUCACCGUGAAAAGGAACUACAGGAACGUCCCCUACCACAACUGGAGACACGCCUUCAACGUCGCCCACAACAUGUUCUGUCUUCUGAAGACCUGUGGCCUACAGUCGACGUUCGAGGAUAUCGAGUGGCUGGGGAUGUUCGUGGGCUGCCUCUGCCACGACCUCGACCACAGGGGCACCAACAACUCCUUCCAAGAAAAGACUGGCUCGGCGCUGGCACUGCUGUACGGGACGCAGAACACCAUGGAACAGCACCACUUUAACCACGCUGUCAUGAUCCUUAAUUCUGAGGGACACAACAUCUUCAGCAACUUGUCGUCGUCUCAGUAUUCCCGCGUCAUGAACGUCCUCAAGCUCUCCAUCUUGGCUACUGACCUCUCAAUCUACUUCCAAGUGAGGUCAAAGUUCUUCCCCCUUGUUGCCAACGGAGAGUUCGAUACAGACCAGAAGGAACAUCGUGACAUCCUGAGGUCACUCCUUAUGACAGCGUGUGACAUCGCGGCUUCAUCCAAGCCCUGGGACACCCAACUCAAAGUGGCCAAGCUCGUGACGUCAGAGUUCUUUGACCAAGGCGACCUCGAGAAGAGUAAGCUGAAGAUCACGCCCCCCGCGCUCAUGGACAGAGACCGCAAACACGAACUUCCUCUCCUGCAGAUGCGUUGGAUUAAAGACAUCUGCUUGCCUCUCUUCGAUGGCCUGGCACAAGUGAACCCCAAGAUGGCACCCAUGCGAGACGGCGCCCUCAGGAACAUGACACGCUGGGCCAAGCUCGCCGCGUCCCAGGAGAACGGCCUCUCCGACCUUCAGGAGCCUCCCGACAUCCCCCGGGUUCCUGAUGGAUAG